UUGGCGCCUUGUGGAAAAUCAGUACACAGAAGAUCAAAACGUGGGAAAAAAACGUAUGAUCUACCGUCAUACCAAAUGUAAUUGUCGGCAUUUUGAAUCACGAGUUCCAUCAUUGGUUACUUAUUAUUUGUUAUCAGAGCUACUUUGAAUGAUAUCAAGGCUUUUAGAAAAUUAAUUUGCGAUCAUGGAAUGGAUUGAGCCCGUCAGUGUGAAGUCCGCUGUAAAAUACACAUCUUCACUAGUGGAUGGGGCCGAUCAAGAGCGUCAAAACAUAAUCCAUGGAUCUAUUACCGAGUCCAACAUAGCAUGGUUUGCUUCUGGAGAUAGACUCGAUGUUGUGUCAACAACCCACUGCGGAGUGCAAAGCAGACAUUUCUCUUGCCAGCAAGGACAGGACUUUUCAAUUACUUGUGUAGCUCCAAUCCCAAAUGAAACCCUUGCCCUAGUAGGCUUGAGUUCUGACACCGGCUCUGGAGCGGUGGCUCUUUAUAAUUAUGUCACAUCUAUGAUAUUAAAUUCUUGGAGUGUGUCUCACAAGGUUACUUGUGUUUGUAGCAUGGAAAUUCCAAAUGCAAGUUACAGGCAAUUUUUGAAGUCUGACUGCUUUCUUUUUGCACUGGGCACAGAAGAAGGCCAUGUUAUGCUACUGGCUGUCGACCAGCAUUUCAAAUUUAGCGCAGGAACACAUCAGCUUGAUUUGAAUAUUGUGCACUAUGUCACUACAGAUGACAUUUUACAAAAACGAGUGUUUUUCAAACCUCCAGUGGUUUUGGUCAUACCUCUAAAUGACUCUAUGUACAGGGCUGGUCGAUUUGUUCUGGAGUCAAUGCAUGAAUCCAAUGCAGUGCUGAGUGUUCGACAAGAAGAAGUCAGUGCAACAGUGGUUAAAUACAUACCACAGAAUCAGACCCUAUGUGUUGGCUAUAAUACUCAAGGAGCUUUCCAAAUGUUCAGCCUCAAGUCAUUGGAAUUAGAUUUUAGUGGUUUCGCUACAGGCUGUAAUGGCGAGAAGCUCGAUCAAAUUCUGGAUUUUGUGUUUCUGGAGCCAGAAGAUGAUCCACGACAUUUUUGUUACCUGAGUGUCGUAGCGCAGAAAUCGUGGGAUUCUCAUGCAGCACCUUACGCGUUGCUUUACUCGUUGACGUACGUCCGCAAAGAGGCCAUCCCAGAUGGCGGUAUUUUAUACGAAGAUCUGCAGUACAUAACGCUAAGAUUGGAUCUUAACUUCGGACCCUUGAUCGUAGGCGACCAAUCGAAUGGAGAAGAUGUCGAAUUGUUGAGAUGUCAAAGCCUAGCCUCAUCUAAUGGCAACACGAGAGCGACAGGUUGCUAUGGCCUAUGUUACUUUGCGAUGAGCUGGAAAAACGGAAUUUACUUGGCCAUUUUUGACCUGAACCAAUGGUACCAGGCCCAAAUGCCUCCGCGAUGGAUUUUCGAUGACACAUCCAGAGUGUGUCCCUUUUUGGGAUUUUACCAGAGCCAAUCUGUUGGACGCAAUCGAUCGGUACAGCAAGUUUGGAUUCAACCGGCCACACUCUCCGUCUUUCAUCGCUCAUCAACUACACCGGCCGAAGCCUUUUUUUAUCCUUCGGCAUUAAGCUUCCGCGCAAUGGUCGUGUGUCCCCAAGAAGCGGAAAGUGUUAUGUUCUUGGGCAUGCAGUCGCUUCUUCUUCAAAAACUGUCUCAAGCUGGAUCUCAAGUUCUUAAUCAUCCACACCGAUUUUACGUUCAGGCAAUGAAAGCCGGACUCACGCAUACCGAGAUCAUUGCACCGCACGCGGCCCAAAUGGCAGAGUCCUUGUUGAAUGUUGGGCUAGAGAACAAUUCGAGGUCUUUCCUGAUUUCUUGCAUCAAGGAUGAAGGAGCCAAUUUAAACUUUGUUGAAAAAUGGGCAUGGCAGCAAGUAGUCAACUUGAAAUCACUGCGUGAAAAUCUUUGCAACAUCCUUUUCGAUCACUCGUGCCAAGAAAUGGAGCGACAGAUGUACAGUCAACUCUAUCACGUGACGCAUCAAUUUAAUAAUUUGUCCGUCCUCUAUGACGUCAUGGACAAACGAAUUCGAUCGUUGAAUUCCGGAAUCAACGAUAAACUCCGGGACAAAUCGCGGGCCAUUUACCUGCUCAGUUUGCAUUUGGAGACGGUCCUGUGGUUCCUUCAUGGCGGGCUCCUGCCGGAAAUCGACGAAGAUAGCGUCGAUGACGUUGAAGGAUGUAGUUCACUUCCCUAUCCUCGCCGUCAACUGGAACAAUUCUACCGGAAUAGAAAAUCUGAGAUUGAGAGUCUCAGCUCCUCUGUCAAAGCAGCUGAAGUUCUUUUGAUUGACCAACUGGUCCCUGCAUCUGUCGUGGAGUUAUGGGCAGAAGAAAAAGGCACAACAAACCAAAGGGACAUUCAAACUUAUCCACCUCCAUCAUUGUAUGCUUUGCUAUCAGCAUAUUUAAGGCCGGACGUAGACGAUGUUACGAAACAUCGUCUAGUUCAAUACGUCUUUAUGGAUUUGACUUGGAUCUAUGGCCGUCACGCUCAUUACGGAAACAUUUUGCAACAUCUAGUGACCUUUCCGUCUACCUAUUCACUUAAGCCCAGCAUGAUCAAAGUGACGCAGGCGUUCUGGCAUUUGGAUCAUCAAAAUUUCGACGACGCUCUUGGAAUGCUACUUGAUCCAUUGGUCCACACGAUGGACAUUACCAAUGCCCAGCAGAGAGCUAUCCUUCGUGCGUUUCUCUACCAGGACAAGCAUAAGCACGCGUUAAAAUACGCUACGUUGCGACGGCCUGUCUGUCCCGAGCUGGAAGACAUCCAGCUCCAUCUGACGAUCCUGAUCGCCAAUGGUUUGAUCAGUGAUGCACUGAGUUACAUCAGACGCAAUCGCAAUCAGCGUAACAGCGUCGAAUUGAUGCAGCAUUUGCUCAACGGAUGUCAGGAAAUGCGCAAAGUCAGCGUUCUGUUAACUUUGCCAUUGUCUGAGGAGGAGGAAGAUCACGUGACUAACUUCUUGAAACAAAGCAGGAACAUCGACCUGCAAGAAGCUUUGCUCCUCUUUUAUAUUCAACGCUGUAAAUAUCCGGAUGCCAUUGCCUACAGUCAACGUUUGAAUCAGAUGUGGCCGGCCCGUGACACCAUUUCCAGGGAACGAUUCAACCGUCGUGAAAUGUUGAUGCAGACGCUGAUUGGUGCCCUGCCGCCCAUCACAUGCAAAUUAGCUGCCAUCGCUAAUUCUCGUCCUCCGACUUCAUCGACAUCUUCUGGUGGUUUGAAAUUCCCGCGGCCACUUUCCGUUUCUGUGUUGCCGGCUACGUCCAAAAUCCAAUCAAGCGGUUCCAAUUUCUUCCGCACGGUGAUUGAACAAUCACGAGCCACUUGGCUAAUUGAACAGAAGCUUCACGAAGAAGUUCAAACGCCAUUGAGGCCUAGGAAACGCAAAUUGGACGAUCCAGAGGCUGUACUGUAUCCGGAUGAGAAUCAGCCGGAAACGACUCCAUUUUUAUGCAACAUUGUACAACCAGCUCAGCGCAACAUAACCUUAGGCAUGUCGUUGUGCUUUCCUUCGCCUAGAGGCGCUCCAGAUUCAAUGGACAUAACUUCCGUCACGGAACAAGAUGCGGAUGCAAGUCAAUCGAGACAAGGAAAACGGCCACGAUUCUCUUUAUUUCCUAAAGCUAUUGCAGCUAUGAAAACGGAUGCAGAAGUUGUUUCAGUUUUACAAACUCCACCUAUCCGGCGAUCCAGGCCGUGCCAUCCAUCGAUUACUGAAGCAGAUGGCAGCAUUUCUAGUCGACCCUCAUCCAUUUUGAAAGAUAAGAUGCGGCGUUUCAUGAACUUUUCUGCGUUUGAGACAGCCGGACGACCUGCAAGCGAAGCGGAUCCGUCAGAAUCAGAGACGGAAAUGGAAGUUUCAACAGCAUCGGCCAAACAAUUACGUUUCCGUCUGCCGCAACCACAAGAUGCUGCCUCACCUCCACUGGACAUUUCAGAAAUUGCGGCCGUCUGUUCAGUACAGGAAGACGAUGACAUGGAAGUCGUGACGGAUGCCCAGCACUCUAAUCAGCAUAGUCUUGUAGUGGGAGAGGAUUCCCAGUUUCUCAGUUUUGAAGAUGAUAGCGAAUCUGCUUUUGUUUCAGAGGUUGCACAAGUUGAAGAAAAACAGGUGCAAGAAGAACUUCCAGGUCCUUUGCCUGUUGAGAAGGUGAUCCCCGAUGAAGAAAUUUCAUGUUGUGGCAUGGAACUAACCAACAUAGAUUUGCCUGUUGAGAAGGUGAUGUCCAGUGAAGAAAUUUCGAGUUGCGGCAUGGAACUAACAAACAUAGAAAGCACAACUACCCAUCCCAUCAUUGUAUCCGAGUCUGCUUUGCCGGAUGAUGACGUAGAAGAGGCACCGACGUUAGCUGUUCUGGAACGCGUUGUCGAAAAAGAACAACCAACGCUCGUCAUUCCGGGGGUGCAACAGAGUCAAAACAUGGAUGAAUCAUCGAAUGAUGAAAGUGACAUUGUAUGUCUCGAUUCUAGUAGCGAUGAGGCUGAAGGAGUUGACAGUAAAUCAGUUGAGAAAGAGGAGGAAGAAGAAUUGGAAGGAGAUUACGAUGAAGUUGAGGAGGAGGAAGAACCGGAAGAAGAAGAACUGGAAGAAGAGGAAGAAGAUCAUGGAGUAGCUCAAGAAGAAAUUGAAGAAGUCAAAGACGAUAUCGAAGUCAUCGAAGAAGAAGAAGAGAUUAAAGAAGAUGAUCAAGUCUUGGAUGAAGAAGAAGUUGAAGACGAAGACCAAGUUGUAGAAGAAGAAGAAGAGAAUGAAGUGAAGCCCAUCGUCAGUAGACCAGUGGAAGAAGAAUCCGAAGUUGAAUCUGAAAAAUCAGUGGAAGAAGAUGAUAAACCUCAGGUUUCAGCUGUGCCGGAUGUUCAAGUUGAGCCGAUCUCUGAACCAGUAGAAGAUGAAGCGGAAACUAAAGUGCCUGAACAAGUAUCACAAACAACCGAAACUGGUGAAAGAACUGUAGAUAUUUUACAAGAAGAAUCAUUCGUACCAACGAUCGAUUAUGAUGAAGAAGAUGAAGUCUCUGAAUAUUCGCAAAGUAUGGAAGGAUCGGUUGAUGAACAAGAAGAUUUGCAAACAAAGAAGGAAAAUCUUGAAGAUUCUUCUUCUUCUUCAGAAACCCAUCAAAGUCUUGUGCGUUCAGCCGUGGGUCAUCAGACAACUAUAUCUACCAGCAUUUACAAGCAGAGGUUCACCAUGUCAUCAUCUUCUUCAUCAUCAGAAGAAGAAGCCAAUGAUUCAGAGGACAAUCUUCAAUUGCAAGAAGCUGCUGCAUUGCGCAAACCUCGUGUUAGUGGCUACAGUGAAAUAGAACCAGAUUUUGAAAGUGUUUUUGAUGUAACAGAAGCAGUCGCUGUCCAACCUGAACCUACCCAAAUGGAGGAGGAAGAUAGCCAACAAAGCCCAGCUGAAGCUAGCGGCUACAGCCAAAUUGAACCUGAUAUGGAUGAUGGAGAGACCGUUGAAGAUGAACCAAAAGAAUUGGAUGUUCAACCAAUAGAAGAAACAAGUCCAGAUCCAAUUGAUUCACCACAUAGUCCUGUAGCUGCUGAUGUGGGGUCUGAAGACGAAGAGGGUUGCGAGAAAGUGGAUGAACACGAGGCAGAAGAAGAAGAGGAGGAUUUCGAAUUGAAACUUACAGAAACACCAAAGGCUAUUUCAACAGUUCGUCCUUCCUGUUUGCGUCGGUUCUCGAUGUCUUCACUGGCCGGUUCUGAAGGUGUUUCAGAAGAAGAUGAAGUCAUUGAGCCUGAAAUGUCACCGACUGCCGAAUCGCAGAAUGUUCAUUUCAAAGAUGUUGAGGAAGAAGAACAACCGAAACCCAAUGCCCAGCGCAGUAGCGUCUUUAAGAGUCGACUUCAUUUGACCGAUAGCGAAGCUUCAUCAGAUGGCCAAGAUGAUGUGGAAGCUCCUGCAGCUGAAACUGAACGAACGUCCAGUUCAGUUGAGGAGGUGGUCGAACCCGAACGUAAAGUGGAAACUGACGAGGGUGGAAUCGAAGCUGAACAUUCUGACGAAUCAAAUCAUACCGAAGGUUCAACGACCGAUGAAAAUGUGGAAUUAAGGAACAUUUUGGAAGCCCACGAGAAAUUUGAAGUGCCUUUCAUUCCCGACGCGGCUGUUAUCACGUCACAAGUGGAUCUGUCGACGAUUGUUGAGGAACGUUCAAUGGAUCAAUCAACGAUGCUUGUUAAAACAGGGAAAAGUCCAUCGCUGGAUGAUGUCGGAGAAGAAGAGGAAGAUCAAGAAAAGGAAACUGAAGAUGAGGGAAACACAGAAAUGGAUGAUAAGGCUGGAGACACUAGUGUUGAUUUGGACAAUGUGGUUGCGGCCAAGGAGCAUGAUGAAGCAGAAAAAGGAAACACAUUAGAACCGCCAUCUUCCUCUGAUGACGACACGGUAGAGUUGGAAUUGCCUCGUCCAGUACAGCAAAAAGGACGUUCCAAAUCGCUGAUAAUGGGCUCACAUGUUCCACUUCCCUUUACAUCGAGACGAAGUGUCUGGGAAACUCGAGAAGAUAGGGAUCGUUCACCUGAAAGCAUCACAUCGGAACCUCCGCAAAAGUAUGAGGACAUGAUAGAGAGUAAUAUUAAGAGGAGAACGAGGAGGCAUAGCUCUUCCACUUCUAGUACCUCACAGGUUGUUACACGACGUCGAUCCAGCCGUUUGUCCACUUCAGUCAUGGAAGGUCCAACUACUCCAGUCAAAGAAGAAGUUCUUCCAUCGACCUUACCAACUACGCCUCCCAAGGCUAGCAGAAGACGCUCUGAAGCGAAGGGCGAUCAGCCUUCAGCCCCACCGAGUUGUGAAGUCAGUCCAGCGGAGAGUUCAUAUUCGGGAAGAAGUAGUGUAACUGGAACACCGAUACGACGAUCCGCCCGGAUAUCAGCAUUACGUGAUCGAACGCCAGAACCGACAGCCUCGACAGAUGCACUUUUAGCUAGUCUUGUUGGACGCAUCCGAAGACAUAGUUCUGGUCCGGGAGGACCCGAUCUCCUGCCAGCCUCACCUCUGCGAAGAUCCGGCCGAAAAUCGUCUAAUGUUUCACGAGAUAAUUCACCGACCAAUAGUGUGACGUCAGAGCCACCUCCAGUGAGUACCAGCCGAGAAUUAACGCCCAGCAGGAGGAAACACACACCGGCUAAAUCGUUAUUAAGAAGCGGGCAGAAAUCAGUAGCCCUCAAUUUGUUCCCUCUCGAGGAAGAGAAAGAAACAGAGUUUGCACUUCCAUUUGAAUUGCAACCCAAAAUGCAAUCCGGAUCGUCUUAUCAGGAUCUUUCUGUAGCCCCAGUCGACUCGGAUGAGUCUAUCAGUCUAGACGAAAUCAGUUUGCAAGGCGAUAGCACCAGUGGAGUCAAAAAACAGAAGAAACCUCUCAGCAGACCAUCGUCUGUUGCAUCUGGCCGUUAUAAUUUGCGCCGUGCAGGUGCUGGACGAACUUCUGAACUGGACAUCAUUUCAGAGGAAGCUGCUGCAGCCGCUGAAACAGUGGCAUCGAAUAUGAAACGGGGCCGGGAAGAUGCGUCUGAAGAAAGCUCAGAUCAGGCUGGCCCGUCUCAACCAACUGAAGAAGGUGAAGAUGAAGAAGAGAAUCAAGAAUCGAAUGAAUCAAGUCAAAAGACGAUUCAAACAAAGCGAGUGGUUCGAAAUAAGAGGAGAAAGAAGGCGGAAGAAGUGGAAGUAACAGAAGAAUUACGUUUUGCUCCUGCAUCUCGUCCACCACCCAAAAGUCUUCCAAAACGAGAUCCUGUAAUCAAAUCCCGAACGUCGGUCCGACGUUCGAUGAGAUUAGAUAAAUAAGUUACCAACAAAAAAUGAAAACAGGAGAUUUUCAGGGAAGAUAUCUUUAUUAUUUUUUCUUUUAAUUAAUUUUCCUGUGUUCCGUCUACUUGUUUAGUUAUAUAUAAUGUAAUGGCUUUAUCAUUCAU